AUGGCGGCUCGACCUGGGGAAGAGCUUGUCGCAACCUUAUUCGCCGACAUUCAUUACUUCUAUGGACCUCCAUCCGCUAAGCCUCCCCAUCACAGAUUCGAUAAGAGUUCGUUCAUAUACCUGUUUGAAAACGCUCAGUACCGACGUGCGCGAGUUGAAGUCGCAAAUAAUGCUGGAACUCCAGAGCAGGAUGCCUUUAACGGCUAUCUGGACAGCGCUCAUAUCCAAUAUUCCUACAAGCAUUCCACCCUAAUCACCUUGACAAUCGAAGGAGUAAAUCGUGGAUCUUUUGGUAGCCCACCCCCUGAUGGCCAAGAAUGGCAUCUUCCAACAUUUGACCUUCGAAACGAGAACAAAUAUAUGUACAAGCUACACACAAUUGACAUCUACUUUUGGGUGAAAGAGGAUGCUUUGCAGUUUUUGAAUGGCGUGCGGCGGGUUUUACCUGCACAGCAAAUAACCGUUCAAGACGAGCCAGUCGCUCCUCCACCUCACCAGCACGAUAUGAGCGCAGUGGUUCAAAAACUGGAAAAUGUUGCCAUCACGGACCCAUCUUAUCAGCAGGGGCAAACAAGGAACUCCCAAACCACGUCAAUUCCUGCUCCUCUGUCAAGAAGUAGUACAAGCACUUUUCCAGGGCCUCCUGCUCAGCAGCUAUCUAGAAGUAGUACUGCGACAUUCCCUGGCCCACCAAUUUCUGCAACCCCGCAAAGUGUGGAAGCCUCGAAUUUCAAACCAAUGGCUUACAAUCCUGCAGCACCCGCUGCUCCAGAGGUAAUACAGCAUCGGGAGAAGACACCACCACCUGAAGAUGGAGCUGGCAAUCCACUUGUUGCAGCCGCCACCUCAGAUCAAGGUCAAACUUUUAAUAACCCAUAUCAGCAGCAUGUGGGCUUUUCAGGGCCUUCGGCAUCACAGCAAGCUCAUUACUUCGCUGGGCCACCAGCAGCAAGCGCACCACCGCAGUUCAGUCAACCGCUUCCGUCUGCGGGGUUACAAUCCCCUUAUGCACAACACUUUCAGCACUCAUUUGCUGCUCCUCCCACAGCACCUAUUGCAUCAAGUCCCUAUUCUCAACCCCCAUCUGCAGUGCCAUCUGCCGUUUCCGCACCUGGCCCCCCACCUUAUCAGCAGCAAUCUUCCUCAAAUUCUCAGCACGUUCCUGUAACACAACAAUUUGCGCAGUACUCCGGCUCCCCUGGCCUGGCUUCUCCUGGUCUCACUUCACCAAGCAUCUAUUCGCCGAUGGGCGCUUCGUUUGCCAAUCCUCAGGCCCCUUUAGGAGUGCCCCCGCCAACAUCUGCUCCACCUGGUGGAUUUUCUACCUACAAUUAUCAGCAUGUCGGCAAUCAGCAGCCGCAAGCAAGCGAUUAUUCAAUCCAUCAGCAGGUUUAUAGACCUACAGAGAGCGAGGCAACUGGAAAAUCUGCCAAAGCUCCAAAACCCCCGCGCGGCAAGCUCGAAGAGAGGGCUGGCCGCUUGGAAAAGGUGGGGGGAAGCUUGUUCAAGAAAUUGGAAAAGAAAAUUGGAUAA